GUGGUGGUCGUUUAUUGAUUGAACGCAAAGCUGCGCCGAGCGCGCAAACUCGUCGUCCGCCCUGAAUGAAGUGACGUGCUCUCUCUCGCAUAUGGAGACGCGAGAAGAACGGCGAUAAGACCCGUGCGCGAAACCUUCAGCAGCCGACCACCACUAGCAGCAGUAGCAGCAGCAACGACGACCACGACGGCGACGGCGACGUCGACGAUAAGAAGAUGCUCCCUCAUCGGGGUUGCACUUGGCUGAUGUUGAUGCCACUCCUGCUGAGCCUGUCCACCGGCGAGCUCAGCUUCUACCGGGAUGUGCUCCCGGAAACGUCGGAGGACAUCGCGCUCAAGUACCUAGCCCGCUACCUGAAGGCGCAGCGUCUUCAGCAGUACCUGCACCCGUCGCCGUUCCGCUCGCCGAUGCACAAGAAGCAGCACAGCGUGCAGCUGGACCGCCAGAAGCAGCGCGAGCUCCUGGAGACGCUGAAAAAGACCACUCUGGAGAACUUGCGCAGGCAGCAGAAGCUGAGGACGUGGCCGCGGCAUUACCACCAACAAUACUAUCCGAUCAAUGAUAUGUCGGGGCAGGAUUACCUCAUGAAUUACUACAAACUGGACUAUCCCGAGAUGAAGUCGAGUGAGGAUGACAGCCAGAGUUACGGGGAUAGUCUCGGAUAUGGACAGGCCUUCCCGGACGCGAACGGAGACGCGGUGGCGGAGCUGGACUUCCGCGGCAAGUGGAUGGAAGGUGACCACGCGAUCGUGUUGCACGAGGGAGGUAGAGAAAAUACCGCGCGGCCGGCGGCGAUCGACCGCGAUACGUUAAUAACGUUCAGGUUCGACAAGUCGAACCUCCAGGAGAAGCAUCCGUUCGCGGUGAAGCCGAACGAUCCCAGAUACUACAGCAACGCGCCCUUCACGUUGGACGAAUCGUAUGAGCAAGAUGCGCCAGGAGUGGAUCCGAAUGAGGAGAAAGCGGCGAUGAAUAAGGAGGAGCGGGUAUUGACCAAGCACGAAGACAACACUCUGGAUCUCAACCGGAAGACAUCGAAGGACUUGUUGACCGCAGUCCACACGUUAGAGGAGGAAAGCUCUGCGGCGCAUCCGUUGAUCGUGCGCGUAAAUGACGACGACUUGAACAGCGACAUUUAUUUCAUCGCCGUAGUCGCCGGUUGCAGUGCAGCAGCGAUGUUCGCUCUGGUAUUGAUCAGCUUAACGUGGUGCAGACUGCAACGCGGCGCAAAAGCUGCGGCGGACAUCGAGUAUCCCGCAUACGGUGUGACUGGACCGAACAAGGACGUGUCGCCGUCCGGCGACCAGAGGCUCGCCCAGUCUGCACAGAUGUACCACUUCCAACAUCAGAAGCAGCAAAUCAUCGCCAUGGAAAAUCGGACUUCUGCAACGAGGGAUCCGGGCUCCCUCUCGGAAGCGGAGAGCGACGAGGAGAACGAGGAGGGUGAUUACACCGUUUAUGAGUGUCCAGGACUUGCUGCGACGGGCGAGAUGGAAGUGAAGAAUCCGAUGUUCCACGACGACCCGACACCGGCGACGCCGGCGCAGAUCAACAACAAAGAAGAGGACCACAUAUAGCUUCAGUAAAGUAGAGAAAUACCAUCGCGCGAUUUGGAGAAAUCUUCCCUGGUGCUUAGCUCACUGUUAAUGUACCAUAUCUCGGAAACGUUUAUCCAUAUAUUGAGUGUAUACAACUUUAAUACUUAUAUAUGGCGCGAGGGGCGACGCGUUGCGCGAAGGCGAUCGAUUCGAAACCUUUAGUACCAGAACGACCGAUGUCGCGUCCUUUAAUUCUAGAACGCUAGUAUCUCCGCCCGCCUACGCAGUAGGCAUGAAAAAUCGAAGCCGCAAACAAGUCGACGCGAGGGUCGCGUUUUUAUGCGGGCGGAUUUAGUACCUGCGUUUUGUUACGGUCGCAUCAUCAUCGUCGAGCUUAUCGAUCGAACUGGUCUCGCGAUAAACGGCGAUACGCCUCUUCGAAAAGAAUUCCAUCCUGCAAAUAUCAGGGAUUGCACUCUUUAUUUAACAUGCUCGCUACCAUAAUUUAUUUGGAGGACUCUCUUCCACAGACAAUCUUAUAUAAUUCUUCUUUUUUUUUACGUAAAAUAGUUUUUUACGUAAAAUUCUUUUUUUUUAUGUAAAAUAGACUCAGUUUGAUAUAAUGUAGAUAUAAAAAGAGAAUUUUUGCAACACAUAUGUCACACAUAUGUGACGUUGGUAGCGGGCGUGUUAAUUGCAUUAGAAAAAGCGUUGUGCAAAAGGAAUAAUUUGUACCAUUUUUUUUUCUUUCACGUCACGGAAUGCGACAUCGGUUCUUCUAGCGCCGAGAAUUAUUAGACUGUCGAUCGCGGUUUCGUGUGUGAGUGAGAGGAAACGGAAGGAAGGAAGGAAGGAGUGAGGGAGAGAGGAAGGGAAGAGAUCCAAGGGUAGUCGGAGAUGGGAUUGAUCAAUCGGCAAACGAGAUCGCGUCUGUCUGAGAACACCCGUUUUCUAACGUCGCGAACGUACUAUAGUUUGUACUUUCAUAGCAGGAGCAGGUGUGCCGCACGAUCGUCAUUAUUUUUCUAUGGCUCGUCAUUUAGGCUACCCGCGGCCGCGUACACUGAGAAAAAUCUUUUUGAAAAUUUACUUGCGGGAUAUAAAAUUUAUUUGCAGAAAUAAACUUUUUAUUUCCCAUGCGAAGCAAUUUAAUUUAGAUACUAUAGCAUAUGCACACGUUAACUUUUGUGCUAUAUAGAUAUUUUAAGAAUAUUCCAAAGAUAUUAUCGAAUCCUAAGCAGGGCGCAUGAUUUAGAAACGUUUCCGAAAUGUUUUAUAAACAAUUACGAAAUGUUACAUACGUUUAGAAAACGUAUGUAAAAAAUCAAUAUAUGCUACUAGAGGGAUAACACAUAAUUUCUUUGAACAUUUCUAAAAAUAUUUUUAGAAGUAUUGAAGUGCCGAAGUGAUACUUGUAGUGAUGACGACGUUAGGAAUUACACUGAGAAAAAACUUAAAAAUUCGUCUGGGAGAUAUAAAGUCAAUUUCUGUGAAAUGAAGUUUCGAUAAAAUAAAGAAUAAUUCUCUGAAAUAAACUUUUAUCCCACAAAUAAAUUGUCAAGCGUCUUUUUCUCAGUGUACAUAUUAGAGAAUAUUAUACGCUAUUGUUGCGAAUAUUGUCGAAACGUUUUAUCAACGAUUUUUUGUACACUUUAUUUACAAAUUUUCUCUCACAGAAGAACUUUAUUUCGCGGAAAUCCGUCUGCGUAAUUUUGUUUUUAUAUAAUCCAUAUAAUUUAUAUAAUUCAAUAUAAUUACUCUUGUGUGAUAAAUUACGAUAGCUUUAUCUUGGUUGAGACAAUUUCAAUGUUUUUAAAUGUAUACGCGAAUUAUUGCGUCAGAUUAUUCUCGUUUAAAUUAAUUUAUUUCCCAGUUAUGGAAUCCGCUUUUGGGAGAUAAACUUUAUUUCGCAGAAGUAAACUUUAUAUCCCAUAACUAAAUUUCCGAGUAUUUUUUUCUCAAUAUAUCCAAUGAGUAUUCGCGGAUGUCCGUAAUGGGUACGCGCGCUGUCCAGGCGGCGGUACGCAGCGUAUCCGACACGAGAUGGGUCUACCUGGUCUACAGGUACCUACCUUUUGGCCCUCUCGCGUCAGACACUCUGUACAUCAAAAAAUCCAUUCUCCGCGACAGUAUUCCCUUGAAAGUAAAACUACGACUUAUUUGGAACGGUCUACACACCGCUGUUUCGACUCUGUUUAUUAUCGAUCGGACGUACACGUGGAGAGAGUUGUGCAGUAUUAUCGUAUAAUUAUACAAUUGUGUAUCACGCAGAGGUUUUACUUAUGCAUUCCUCUUAGUACACACAAGGCGUAAGUAGUAGGCGAUGUUGUCCGCAGAAUAUGUUCAUUUUGUACACACGAGGAACGGAUUCGUGAUAGGUCGGGUGAUUUCUAUUAUGACCGCCGGUUAUUAUCUCCUCCUGGAAUUGAAUCGACGACACUGUAACGAACACGGUCGCCGUAAUUAAGAACCUCGUGUUCGCAUUUAUAUGGUUCGCCUGUUAAUUCCAAGGAGGUAAGUCCAACGGUGACAAUUAACAAGUUCCUUGCAAACUGUUUUACGCGUGAUAAUAUUUUAUCGAGAUUCUUAUUACGAGAGAGAAAAAAAAAUAGUUGAUCGUAAAGUAUAUUUCUCGAUCUUCCAAAGAAAGUAAUCCGUCUGCGUAAUUUUGUUUUUAUAUAAUUCAUAUAAUUUAUAUAAUUCGAUAUAAUUGUUCUUGUGUUGUGUGAUAAAUUACGAUAGCUUUAUCUUGGUUGAGACAAUUUCAAUGCUUUUAAAUGUAUACGCGAAUUAUUGCGUUAGAUUAUUCUCGUUUAUAUUGAUUGUAUCUCCCAAUUAUGGGCUCCGCUUUUGUUAUCAAUAUAAGAAAGUCAAUAGCAUGAGCUGUGCAAGCAUACAAAUUCAGUUGUAUGUUUCUCACAUUUAUAUAUAUAUAUAUGACAUCUUUAGAGGUACAGUGUUUCUUUAUGAGUAACAAUCUCAUAUAUGCUUGCUGCGUGGAAAUUGUUCUCCCACAGUUCCAAUUUACACAUACACACACACUCACAUACACGCGCACGCACACAGCACAGACACACACACAAACACACAUAUACGUAUAGCAUUCGUUGGCUUAAAAGGACAAUAUUUUAUUUUUCUAUGAUAAUCGUCAUUGUUAGCUGUAUGAAAAGAAUCUAUGAAUCGCUGUAAUCCUAAGUCAAAUGCAGAGCUACUAUUUAUUUUAGUAAAUAUCAGAUGUCAAUAUUUAACGUAAAAUGAAUAGGAGACGUAUACUCUAUCUUGCGUUAUAGCUAUUACAAAUUUCCCUAUUUGCCGUUAUGCUGGGCGAUAUAUAAUGGCAUGCGUGGCAUAAGAUCUCAUCGUAUAACGAAUUCUUCCUUUUCCCACCGUUAGUAUAUUAUUAAAGCAAUUACAAUGUGUACCUUAGCAGAUGAGUGUGACGAUAUGUUAAAAGCAUAAAUCUAUGUUUCCAAUCUCGUACUAACACUAUGGCGUAUAUAUUAUUAUGUAAGAGUACAUUAAAAUGCGUAAGCAAAGAACAACAAAGAGGGUUAGGGUUAUGAAAGGACAAUCUGUGUACAAAUAGACUAUUGGGCAUAGCGAUUUGUAGCAUGAUUGUGCGUGUUGUAUCUCCAUCCCGAAAUAGGAAAUUAUUUAUCACGAUUGUAUUAAAUUUAAACCUAAUAUCGCAAUGGAAAUUAUAUCCUAUCUUGCAAGCA